GCCUCCCAUUGCUGCUGCCAGGCCCGUAAUCUGCCAUGGGCCCCCGUACCGCCUCCUCAUGCUGCUGCCAGGCCCGUAAUCUGCCAUGGGCCCCCGUACCGCCUCCUAAUGCUGCUGCCAGGUCCAGAGUGUGUCAUGGGUCCCUGUACGGCCUCCCAUUGCUGCUGUCUCCAUCGCCACACUCUGCCAUGUGCCACUUUCAGGUCUCCUCACACUGCUGGUGGGUUCCAUUUUUGUCAUAGGGUGCUGUAUGGCCUCCCAUUGCUGCUGCCUCCACCGCCACACUGUGGCUCCACACUCUGGUUUUGGCCCCGUGACUGCCCAAAUGAGUAAAGUGUGCGGUGAUUCUAAGAUCGACGGCACUCAUCUGCAUGUCAUACUGACUGACAGUAUUAUUUCUCUUCCCCAGCAGACUCCAAGGGCAUUUAAAUUAAAGGUACAGUGUUCUGCACUAAUAUGA